AUGUUUCUCGUCCCAUCGCACCGUGGCCUGAAUGGUGCAAUCCGACGACUCACUGAGCUGAAGAGAUGUGCCCUUCUUAAAUAUAGGCGAUUUCAGUUUCCUGCGGAGCUACAAGCUACUGGCAGCGCUACAAGAAUAGCAUCAUCUGAAAACAAUAGAACAAAUAUUAGCGAAGCUUUAUCAUCGUUUAUAUUUGCGUCUGUAUGCAUCAUAUACAUGUUUAUAGCCAACUAUAUGGGACAGAAUAUAAUCGACCAUAAUAAUCACGUAUUUAUUACUGCAUACAACGUUCAGUGGUAUAAAACUCCAUUAUAUAUACAAAGAAUGAUAUUAUUUUUACUGCAAAGAAAAGCCAAGGAAUUUUCAUUAAAUAUUGGUGGAAUAUUUAAUGCAUCCAUGGAGGGUUUUGCAACGCUAAUAAAAGCCUCAGUAUCUUAUUUCACAGUCAUGCAGUCUACACGAUGA